GACGUAGGCGAUGAGCUCAGCCGUGGCCUAUAUAUAGUGACGAUGACGACUUGAAACGAAGGAGAGGUAGCUAAGCUAGUAAUAAUGGAGAUGAGAGAGGACAUUGUUAUAGUCGGCGCUGGUAUUGCCGGUCUCGCUACUGCUCUCGGACUUCACAGGCAGGGGCUGCGGAGCAUGGUUCUGGAAUCAUCGGAGUCCUUAAGAGCCGCAGGGUUUGCGCUUGGCUUGUGGACCAAUGCCUGGAGGGCACUCGACGCUCUCGCCAUCGGAGAUUCACUCAGACAACAAUCUGUUCAGAAUAAUGAGUUUCAGGUUUUCUCUGCAGAUUCUGGUCUCCCAACUGCUGCUAUACCACUGCAAAUGCAUAAGAACCAACAUUUUGAAAGCCGCUGCAUGAGAAGGAAAGUGUUACUGGAGACAUUACACAAAGAACUGCCCGAAGGAACUAUAAGGUACUCUUCGAAGGUUGUUAUGAUUGAGGAAUCGGGACUGUUCAAAUUGGUUCAUCUUGCAGAUGGAUCCAUUAUCAGAACAAAGGUUGUGAUUGGGUGUGAUGGAGUCAAUUCCGUGGUGGCCAAGUGGCUCGGGCUCCAGAAUGCAGUUGAUUCCAAGAGGUCAGCCAUUAGAGGAUUUGUGGAGUGUCCAGAAAAGCAUGGGUAUGAGCCAAAGUUCUAUGCUUUUUUUGGAGGUGGUGUUCGUUUCGGCUUUCUUCCCUGUGAUGAGACGGGGUUGUAUUGGUUUUGCACUUACAAUGAAUCCACUGCCCACUUUGAUGAAAGUGCAGAACAAGAUCCAGUUAAACUAAAGGAGUUUGUGCUAAGCAAGACUAGGGAUGUGUCGAAAGAAGUGACUGGCAUUCUCGAGAGAACUCCACUCGACUGCAUUUCCUCUGCUAAGUUGAAGCUGAGACUACCAUGGAAUAUUUUGCUGGGAGAUAUUACCAGAAGCAACAUUUGUGUAGCAGGCGACGCCCUUCAUCCCAUGACGCCAGAUCUCGCGCAGGGCGGAUGCUCAGCGCUCGAAGACAGCAUUAUCCUCUCCCGGUGCCUUGCAGAGGCGUUCUUGGCAAAGCCAAGGGGCGACAUUGCAGAUGACCAAAAGGCCAGCGAAGAAUUCAAUAGAAUCAAAAACAGUCUCGACAAAUACGCUAAAGAGAGAAGAUGGAGAAGCUUUGUUCUCAUCACUGGUGCUUAUUUGACUGGUUUCAUUCAAGAGAGUAAUAACAAAGUGAUCAGCUUCCUGAGAGAGAAGUUCUUGGCUCGUUACACUCUGAGGAUUGUGCUAAGUGCAGCUGAUUUUGAUUGCGGGAAACUGCUGUUAUCUUGAUUAAGAUAGUCAUUUCAAUAUCAUUUUAUUUCUAUUAUACAAAGCUCGAUUAUGAUUUAGAUCAUAAAGGGCAAACCAGGUGAAUUCUAGACGGGGAACCCAAAUUUAAAACCUAAUUUUAUGCUGUGUAAUCUGAUAUUAAAGAAAAGAUUAUUCACUAGACCUUCGAAAUUAGAUACUAGUUGCCUUAUCUUUUGUUUGAAGUUGUUUGUCAGCUUAUGUAUAAGAAUAAAUUUUGUCCAAAUAAACUAAGGCUCAGCAUGAA